AAACCCCUAAAACCCUAAAACUCUUUCUUCUAGACUCUUCUCUUCCUCCCCAGCUCUUGAAAUAAAUAGCCUGCGUUGCUCUCAUCUCCUCACUUCAACCAUACAACAUUUGUGCUUCUUGUACAUCCACAUAAAUCUCAAUUUGCCUACAGUAAUUAGCUUCUGUAUUGAAGCAGACAUUCAAUCUGAUCAUUCUUCUGCAACCUCAGAGCAGUCAUGUAUAGAUUUGCAGCCAAUCUUGCCUCUAAAGCACGGAUUGCUACAAGCAGCACCCAACAGAUUGGGAGUAGGUUAAGUUUGAGCAGAAAUUAUGCGGCCAAGGAUAUUAGAUUUGGGAUUGAAGCCCGGGCUUUGAUGCUUAAAGGUGUUGAAGAGCUAGCUGAUGCAGUUAGAGUAACUAUGGGUCCUAAGGGGCGUACUGUUGUUAUCGAACAAUCUUAUGGGGCGCCAAAAGUUACAAAAGAUGGGGUGACUGUUGCUAAGAGCAUCGAGUUCAAGGACAAAGUUAAGAACAUUGGGGCAAGCCUCGUCAAACAGGUUGCAAAUGCCACCAAUGAUGUUGCUGGUGAUGGAACUACUUGUGCCACUGUCCUCACCCGUGCAAUAUUUACGGAAGGUUGCAAGUCAGUUGCAGCUGGUAUGAAUGCCAUGGACCUUAGACGUGGCAUUACAAUGGCUGUAGAUGCCGUGGUAACCAAUUUGAAAAGUAGAGCACGGAUGAUAAGCACAUCUGAAGAAAUAGCACAGGUUGGAACUAUAUCUGCAAAUGGAGAAAGAGAGAUUGGUGAGUUGAUAGCUAAGGCAAUGGAAAGAGUUGGCAAGGAGGGAGUAAUAACAAUCCAGGAUGGGAAAACAUUGUAUAAUGAAUUGGAAGUCGUUGAAGGAAUGAAGCUCGAUAGGGGUUACAUAUCCCCGUAUUUCAUUACAAAUCAAAAGAACCAGAAAUGCGAGUUGGACGACCCUCUAAUCUUGAUUCAUGAGAAGAAAAUCUCUAGCAUAAAUGCAGUGGUGAAAGUACUAGAGCUGGCUUUAAAGAAACAAAGGCCUCUUUUGAUAGUUGCCGAAGAUGUUGAUAGUGAAGCACUUGCAACGCUAAUUCUCAACAAACUACGUGCAGGAAUAAAGGUCUGUGCAAUUAAAGCUCCUGGGUUCGGUGAAAACAGAAAGGCUAAUCUCCAGGAUCUCGCUGUUCUUACUGGAGGCCAGGUUAUAACGGAAGAACUUGGUAUGAACCUUGAUAACGUGGAGUUGGAUAUGUUUGGCUCAUGCAAAAAGAUCACAAUAUCUAAGGAUGACACUGUUGUUCUUGAUGGGGCUGGUGAGAAAAAGUCAAUAGAAGAGAGGUGUGAACAGAUAAGAUCAUCAAUCGAAUUGAGUACUUCUGAUUAUGAUAAAGAGAAAUUUCAAGAAAGAUUAGCUAAGCUUUCUGGUGGUGUUGCCGUCCUGAAGAUUGGAGGAGCUAGUGAAACUGAAGUCGGUGAAAAAAAAGAUAGAGUUACAGAUGCGCUUAAUGCCACAAAGGCUGCUGUAGAGGAAGGAAUUGUGCCAGGUGGUGGUGUUGCUCUUCUUUAUGCAGCCAAAGAAUUAGAUAAGUUGCCAACAGCCAACUUUGAUCAGAAAAUUGGUGUACAAAUUAUCCAGAAUGCCCUAAAGACACCAGUACACACCAUUGCCUCAAAUGCUGGGGUAGAGGGUGCUGUGGUUGUUGGCAAGCUGUUGGAGCAGGACGACCCUGAUCUUGGGUAUGAUGCUGCCAAAGGUGCUUAUGUUGAUAUGGUCAAAGCUGGGAUUAUUGACCCGUUGAAAGUAAUAAGAACAGCAUUGGUUGAUGCAGCAAGUGUAUCUUCCUUGAUGACAACUACGGAGGCAAUCGUCGUUGAACUUCCCAAGGAUGAAAAGGACAUACCUAUGGGUGGUGGCAUGGGCGGUAUGGGUGGCAUGGACUAUUGAUAGUCAUGCUGGCUAACAAGUCCAGACCUACAUUACAGUGAAUACAGGGGGCUUAACCCAUUAGGUUAGGAUAGUUAUAUGUUGGGGCAAAAACGCCCCACAUGUAAUAAUCACGCCAGCAAAGAGAUUGAUAAUUUCGGGAUUUGUAGGCUUCUCAGCUAUCUGAGGAUGUGUUUUUUCGAGAACUUGAUGGCACUUCUGUUGUGUUCUUGUAUGCUUUAGGCAAUUUUAAGAACUCAAUUCUCUGGGCUUGUUUGUAUCACUGAGAAUAAUAAAAAAAACUAUAUGGUUUGUUAAA